UUCACAAAUAUUUCUGCCAAAGACCCUUUUGUGAAACACGUACAACCUUUGUGCAGAUUCUCUUCUUGUGGGAGAAUGGGAGAAAUGACCACAGUUGAAAACAAUAUGGACUAUGACUAUGAAAGUGACUUGUGCAACAAAACAAGUGUCAUUCACUUUGGAGCAAUCGUGACUCCUGUGUUUUUCUCCAUUGUGAUGAUCCUGAGUCUGAUCGGCAACAUCCUGGUCCUUCUCAUUCUUGUAAAGUAUGAGAAUCUGAAAUCCAUCACCAACACUUUAAUCCUGAAUCUGGUUGUAUCAGAUCUCUUCUUCAGUGCAGGUCUGCCCUUCUGGACCUACUACCACAUGUACGGAUGGACUUUGGGAGAGUCUGCAUGCAAAAUAGUUAGCUUUAUCUUUCAUCUUGGCUUCUACAGCAGCAGUAUCAUCCUCAUCCUGAUGACGGCUUACCGUUAUGUAGCUGUCAUUAAUCCUCUAUCUAAUAUUGUGUCUGCCACCGGCCUCUACAGCAUCAUAUCUACUGUGGUGAUUUGGAUCAUGAGUAUCUUGGCAGCCAGUCCUGCAUUAAUCUUCUCUAAAAUAGAGGGCCAGUAUUACUGUGGAUAUAUGGAACAGCACUUGAAAUUGUUGGGAGUCUAUCUACAAAAUGCUGUCUUCGUAUUGAGUUCACUGGUAUUUGUUUUUUGCUACUCUCAAAUCCUGUACAAGUUGAUGCGUCCCACCCCCCAAAGAAGGAACAAAACUCUCAAACUAAUUUUCAUUCUCAUUGUUGUUUUCUUUGUAGGGUGGGCACCCUAUAAUGUAGUUAUUUUUUUACAGUCAAUAUUUAUUUUUCCUGGUAAAGCUGAAGAAUUAUUUGCAAACCCCUGCAAAACUAGUCAACAACUGGAUUACGCUUUCUACAUCAGCCGACUCCUCGCCUUUUCCCACUGCUGCCUCAACCCAGUGUUUUAUGUGUUCGUGGCAGUGAAAUUCAAAACCCAUUUGAAGAAAAUGCUAAAGAGCUGGUGCCACACAAAAAGGGGCCAAAACAAACAGAACCGAGUCACCAUCAUAUCUCUAACAAGUGGUGAGGACUUCUGUGUAUAGCUGAUGCAGUAAGAACAAAAAAGAGAAAAAGGAAAAUAUAGCUUCCUGCUGCAUUCAGUUCACUUUGUUGAGAUUGUAAUCCAUGCAAGUCAUAAAUAAAUCCAAAGAAGCCACUUGGACAAGAGGUGAAAUGUCUUCAAGAACCAAGAAAAGAAGUAAAGCUGCCAUUUUGUUUACCUUUUAGGAUUAUAAUUUGACGUUCAGGUAACAGCUGACAAUACAAAACAUUCCCUUUAGACAGUUUAUUUACUGCAAGGGACCAAAGGAGAAGUUUCCUUUCAGUCCCUUGAAGAUUUCUGGCAGAGGACUAAACACAUUUUUACUAUUUGUUUUAACUCAAACCAAAAUCUUUUAAAAAAAGAUUUGAGAUUCAAAACAACUUUAUUGACCCCAAAAGGGCAAUUCAUUUGCAGCUCACCCACAUAAUCGAUCAUCCAUCAGUUAUCAGAGCUACGUCUGCUUGUCACUAAUCGCAGGCAACUAAAUAAAUUCAUUUUGUCUAUAUGUACAUAGCUAGCUAAUUGUGUAAUUUGACAAUUGAUCUGUGUUUUUUUGAUUAAUGUAAAUUUGUGAUUCAGGACAUUGUAGCUUUACAACCAAUGCUGCUGAUUUAAACAGAUUUUUAUGAUUUUUUGUAAAUUUUUUAAGUAAUUUCAGUAGUAGGCUUACUGAAAAUAAGAAAGAGAGCAGGGGGACAAAGCAGGCUUAAAACAGGGCCCUUAUGUUCCACUAAAACUGGUUAGUGUUGAUGGUUAACUUUAGCAUGAAUCUUAUAGAUCUUACAGAUACUCACAGUUAAUUAGUUCAUUUAUAAUAUUUAGACCAGAAUGGUAAAACAUGAAGACAUGGUGUGUAAGUUUAGCUGUUUCAUCAUACACAAAAAUACAUUUAUUUCUUACUGUUUUAUGAAUGGAUCAAAAAUAUUGUAAGAGUCCAGUCACUGGGAGCAGUUAGAGAUUUUUGCUUAAAAAAUGCAAAGCCACAUGAGAACAUUUAGACUGCUUGAGAAGGUAAAAAGAAAGUGACCGCUCCAAAAAUUAUUCCAAUAGCAGUGGUUCAUUUUUGCAGUGAGGGGCAGAUGAUCAGAGUUCAGGCUGAUCUGCUGGCAAACAAGAAUCCUUCAUACUGGCGGAAAAUUGUAUGUAAUAACAGCUUCUGAUUUAAAGAAAUUGUAAUGUAUAGUUUAUAUAUUGUUUCAUCCAUAUUCUUGUCACAAUUCCAUGUUGUAAUAUAAUGUACAUAAUUUCUAAUCACAUUAAGCCGUUAAUGAUUUGUUUUUUAAUAAUAUGUUUUCAUAAUCAAAGAAUAAAUUUCUGUCCAAUAAAUUGUUUUAUAACA